CUGCAGUGUUCACAUGUUUCAUUUUUCCCCUCUUCUGUGCAGAUCUUAAUCGAUUUAUCACUCCAGCUUGGGUCCUGUGUGAGUGUGUGUGUGUGUGCAUGAGUGUGUGAGUGAGAUAACAACGUCAAAAGCGAGGGAAUAGCACCCAGGUGCUCCAUGUGCUGCAGUCCAACACAUUUCCCUCAAAGCGGAGCAAUAAAAGAGAUCAUCUGAGAGAAGACACUGGACUUUUCUCCUUUUUUUUAUCUUGAGGAGCUCUAAACCCCGUGUGAGGGUGACGUUUAUCCAGGGGACCACAGCAAACACUAUCGAUUUCACUGUGAUUAUCCAACAACCACGGACCACAUUUCCAUUGAACUGACUAUAGCCUAGCCAGUGAAGAUGGCGGGGGAGAAGAAACAGUUCAACUUGCUGAAAAACCAGACCAAGCCAGAAGCCAUGGUAGGCUCCGAGCCCACGGGCGCCAUGACGGUGGCCCCAGGCCAGGGGAGCCCCACGCCGGGCGACAACUCCACCGCGGUCAACAAAGACAUGUUCGGCGAUAUCAAGAACAAGUUUCUCAAUGAGAUGACGAAAAUUCCAUUGCCCACCUGGGCCAUCGCGGCCAUCGCCAUCGUGGCCGUCCUCCUCAUCGUCACGUGCUGCUUCUGCAUCGUCAAGAAGUGCUGCUGCAAGAAGAAGAAGAACAAGAAGGGCAAGAAGGGCAAGGGAGAGAUGGGCAUGAAGAACAUGAAAGGCGAGAAACAUCAGGACGAUGAUGACGACGAUGACGACAUUCCCGAGAAAGGGAUGAUGGGAGAGGAGAAGGAAGAGGAGCCAAAAGAGAAAGAGAAGCUUGGAAAGCUGCAGUUCUCCCUGGACUACGACUUCGGUGACAACAAGCUCUCUGUAGGUAUCCUACAAGCAGCAGACCUGAUCUCCAUGGAUAGUGGCGGAACCUCCGAUCCCUACGUCAAGGUUUUCAUCCUCCCUGACAAGAAGCAUAAAUACGACACCAAGGUGCACAAGAAGACGCUUAACCCAGUCUUCAACGAGACCUUCGGCUUCAAGAUCCCCUUCCAAGAAAUGGGCGGCAAGACUCUAGUUAUGGAGGUGUUUGACUUUGACCGCUUCUCCAAACACGACAUCAUUGGAGAAAUCAGGAUUCCCAUGAACACCCUGGACCUGGCUCAGCCCAUUGAGCAAUGGAGGGAACUCGACAGUGCUGAAAAGGAAGAGCCGGAGAAACUGGGUGACAUCUGCGUUUCUCUGCGCUACGUGCCCACGGCCGGCAAGCUCACUAUCUGCAUCUUGGAGGCUAAGAAUCUCAAGAAGAUGGACGUGGGAGGAUUGUCAGAUCCUUACGUGAAGAUUCACCUACUCCAGAAUGGAAAGAGACUGAAAAAGAAGAAGACUACAGUGAAGAAGAAUACCCUCAAUCCCUAUUACAACGAAUCAUUCAGCUUUGAGAUUCCACAGGACAUGAUGCCGAAAAUCCAAGCUGUGAUCACAGUUCUGGACUACGACAAGAUUGGCAAGAACGACGCCAUCGGGAAGAUCUGGGUGGGCAACAAAGCCACAGGCAGUGGCCAAAAGCACUGGUCAGACAUGACCUCCAACCCCCGUCGCCCCAUCGCCCAGUGGCACCCACUCAGGCCCGAGGAAGAGGUGGACGCAGAGCUGGCAGGCAUCACUGCCAAGAAGUAACCACUCACACAUUCACAAACACACUCACUCACACACACACACACACACACACGCACACACAGAGACGCACUCACACACACACACACACACACACACACACACACACACACACACACACACAAACAAACACACACACCUCUGCAUCGCAUCGCCACUCCCUCUCCACGUUGCUCACACACACACACACACACAAACCAAGCUCAACAGUCAGUCCUUUCCUGCUCCCCAUUGGCUCCCAUAGAUUGGUAGAGACUUUUAUCAGAUGUGCCCCUGCAGAAGGAAACACAAACAUGGACAGAGCACAUGGUGGAUAAUCAGGAGGUUGAUUACAUGAUUUCGCUUUGAGUUGGGAGGUCAGUCAGAGUCAACUGAUACAAAACUUCCUAAACAGGCCACUGUCAUUUUUAAAUAGACCCUUAAUUCCAAGCAAAUUAAUGAUGUUGUAAAUUAUUUAUAUCUAUAUGCAAAAAGAGUAUAAUAAUAUAAAUAUGAUUCAUAAUAAUUAGAAUAAUAGUACAUUUAAUAAUAAGCUAAUAAUAAUCAUAUAAACUGCCGCUGAUGACUCCUUAACUGAGACUGACCACACAUUGAUAGCACAGUUUUUAUUUCACUGAGCUUUACCUGACCAUUAUGAUACAGAAAUGUGGAGAACUGGAUGUUUCUAGCAAGUGCAUCAUCAACCGUCAGGUGUCUAUUCCACUGCCUGCAAUCUACCACCUCUCACAUUCUAUGCUUGCAGAAAAAAAGCUCAAGAGCAAUGCCUCUAGUUCUUGACUUUCUAUGAGUUCUACUUCAAAAAAUUCCUGUACCUGUCUAUAAGACAAAAAAGGAGACAAGCCUUGUAACAUUAAAGCAAUUCUCAACUGCCAGGGACGCCUUCAAAUUAAUGUUGUUUUACUCUUUAAGUUCACAUGAAAUUAUCAUGUUUAUUCCUAAAGCACUUUAAAUAUGUCAUUUACUUAUUAUAUACUUUUCAACAUUACGAGUACACUGGAAACCUUAUGAUUCAGGAUUCUGUUGGGUGAAUUCAAUCAGGAUAUCAGUCCACCAUCUACUGCCAUUUCUGUUACAGUGACCUCGGGUGGCUUAUAGCGCUUAAUUGAACUCACUCAUGUGUUUCAAAAAUAGCUAGAUCUGCUAGAUCCUAGAUAUCUACUUAUUUGAAGUUUGACUUUUAUGUCUAAUAGAUUCUACUCCUUUGUCUAUACAGUGGUUUUGACAUUAUUUUGAAUAUUCAUUAAUUUAAUUAUUUUUCCCUGGGAAGGUACUGGAGGAGGGUACUGUUACAUGUGUAUCUUGCAUACACCAAUUACCAAACUGCUGAAUCUACUUGCACUACUGGAUGUAACUACUGUAUGUUCUGCGGGUAUCUGAUGUUUUGCAACAUUCUGUGUAGCUGUGUGUAACCAACACAUAUACUGAAUUCGACUCGUCUUUUGUCCACGGUUUUUAUAUUUGUCACAAAAUGACAACAAAACAGAUGAUAGUGCUACAGAAAAGCCAGAGCAAGCUUGUUGGCUUUAUUUUGUAGCUUGAGUACAUUUUGGCAUUUUAUUUGUUGUUUGGAAUAAUGACAUUUAUACAUGGCUGAAAGUGUAAUGUACAGUUUGCCAAAUUUAAUAGGUGUGAACUUUACAUCUGCGCUUGGGAGGUUUAUCCGUGUCAAUUGGAAUACACAAAUAUUUUUCAAUAUUUGAUAAAGUGAAAUUGAUAAGAUCUGUUUUAAUGCCAACUAAGCGCCAAAUAUCUGAUCACCUGAGUAAAUUUAUACGUUGUGCUUGAUGAGUCUUCUGGUGUCAAAGUUGAAGUUAAUUAAUUUAUUUAAAAUGUUGCUAAGCACUGCUCAGUGGUAAUAUAAAAGGGACAGUUAGGUAAUUCAAGAAUAAUUAGUUGCAAUCAAUGGAUAGAUAAGUGCAGUUUAAUACGUAGACAGUUUUGAUGGUUUAUGUAUCCUCGGGGACCAUAAGAAAGAUUUGUUUAUAAUUUAGUCAACCAUUAUUUAUUUUAUGUUAUAGCCUAGUUAUGUUUAUAGUUGUAUCCCCAUCUGCUUUUUGAGCAAGGGGCAACAAUUCUUUAGAUUCAACUCGUUAAUUUGAGUUGGGUGUCUGCCGUCUUUUUUCUCAGAAUCAACACAAUAAAAAGAAUACACCAAAAUGCAAUCAAAUAACCACAUAGGUGUGUAGUUUUGCCUCUAUAUAUGCAUAGUUCCUACCUGUUGAACUGCAUGUUUCUAUAAAAGUACUAUAAAAUGAGCAUGUUGUAGAGACAAUGCAAAAAUGUAUUGUGUGUUAGUAGAUGUCAUUUGUCAUUUUAAUAGCAAACUGGAGUGGGGGAAAAUGCACUGUAUAUUUUCUAAAAAAAAAAAAAAGAAAAGAAACUAAAUCUGUAUUUAUUUUCCAUUUGGAUGGGUUUAGGAGAGAAUGUGAAUAAAACUGAUGGUCAGUUUCUAUCCAGGCCUACACAUCCAGUACAGUAAUAAGCAGAGUUGUUUAAAAAUACUAAGUGUGAUUUCAUGUAGGAUGAAGAUGUAGCCGCAUGCUUGCUGUUUUUGAUGUAUACAUUUGAUUUAUUAUUGGUUUGUAACUACUUUUGUUUUAUAUUGAAAAUUAUUUACAGGUCAAUGUUUGUAUGUCCUCUUGCCAAAUAUGUUCUUAAAAGUGACAAAUAUGUUGACGAAUAUGUUGAUCAAAGUCUAGGGGACUCCAAGAUCUGACUGUAUGAAGCUCAUGCAGAAAACAAAAUAUAUACCGUAUGUUUGGAAAUAUGUGAUAGCACACUGUUAAACACACGCGUUACUGCCAUCUGCUUAAGUGACUUUAGUAAGCUGUAUGGGCUAGUUGUCACGUUGGAAAUAGGGGUUGAUUUAUCACUUAUAGUAUGAUCUGUGCCAAUGAUAUACUGUAUCUCGUUCACUGCCAUUGUUUUGACAUUAUGUCAUUGAAAGAAGUGAUUUUUUGGACCAACGUUAAUAGUGAUUUUCACAUUGGUAACAAGUUUACCAAGUUAGCACAAGGAGACCAUCCCAUAAAAAAAACCCUUGAACCUUGGAGUCCCCUUAUUUUUAGCUUUUUUCUAAAGUUUAUGUUGUUAUUUCCUAUGCUACAGACCACGUUUUACUUACAGCAUUUUACUAGCCAAUAUACAUACAUAAACUUGUAUGUAUGUAUGAAACUUUGUGACUGUGUGUGUGUAAAUGUUCAUAUGUGUGUGUGAGUGUGUGAGUGUGUGUGUGUGCGUGAGAGUGUGUGUGUGUGUGUGCGUGUGUGUGUGUGUGUGUGCGCGUGCGUCUGUGUGUGUGCGUGUGUGCACAUGUGUGUGUUAAGCGGUAUGUUUGCAGGUGUGCAUGAAAACAAAUUGUUGAAUAUAAAAUAAAGCCAUAAGAUUUGAGCACUAGUGACAUAGAGCUCAGUUGUGUAGAUUUAAUUGAAAAGUCCAUUCACUAAGGCCUGUGUGUUUCGUAAACAUUCCAUUUUGAGUCUGUAUUUAGCUUGGGCCGCACGUGCAAUGAAUUAUUGUCCUGAGUAUGAUUCCUUUCAAUUUCUGACUCCAAGAAUGAUGGAAAGGCUUUGUUCUCUUAUGUAUGUAUUUAUUUCUAUAAUUAGUAAUAUAUGGGCUUAUUUAUUUAUUAAUUUAUCUAUUUUUGCCAUGUUGAAAUUUGCAAAUGCUUAUCAUUUUGGCUGACAGUAACAUGAGUAGUUGUCUAUUCAGCUGUGGUUUUAGCUGUGAGAGAGAUCCUUCAGGAUCUUUACAAUUUGUGUGCUUAUUUAAAAGGAACCCUUGAUUUCAAUAUCAGUCAGUUGCAAGUUGUCUGUACAGUUCAGAUGACAUCAAAUACUUUGCUACCAGUAGGACUCUGUAUGUGUGUGUGUGUGUGUGUGUGUGUGUGUGUGUGUGUUAGCUCCAAUCAAUAAAGCAUAGGCCCUUUACAGCAAAAGGUUGUGGAGCAGUACGAAAGCACUUCAACCGGCCAGUGUCAGCAUGACCAAGAUUCUCUUAUGUGAAGCAUUCCUAGAUAUUGAGUGGUGUGACUUUGUGAAGUUAGAUGUUAUUUUUUCGAUGUUUCUGUCACAGCCAAUUCUGAAUUACUUUUUGUAAGAAAAAAAACAAAGAAAGAGUUAUUUAUAUUUGGUCAUGGUGGCCAUGUCUACAAUGCACAGUUAAGUUGGAAUGUGUAUCACAUGGGUUGUGUUACUGUAAAUGGAACAGAGAUGGCAAAAAAAGAUCUGAGCAGCAAUGUGUGUAUUUUUAAUCUUUUAAUCUCUUUGCUUUACGUCUGUCUUAAUUUAGUAUUGUGAAAAGUUAGUUGGGAUAUAAAACAAUGGAAGAAACUCUAUCCCAUGAAAACAUUCUUUAAACAUCCUUGCUUUCUCCUUUGUUUUACCAUGUUAACAUUGCAAAGUUGAACAGACACGUUAGAAAUAAAGGGACAUAUGCUGAUUUUUCCAUGGUGCACACUACAAAGGUAUCCUACUGUACUUUUUUUGAGACCUAGACCAGAAGCUACAUUAGCCUACAUUACAUACUGUAAAAGCUUAGCCUGAUCUGCAAUGUCUGUCAAACUGCAAAAAAAAAAGUGCUGAAAACUGCCAUCCUUGGGAACACAUCUCUGCCACUGCAUCACCAUUGAUAGACUUAUUUUUUUCCUUUCUUCUCGCUAUACUGCCUUGUGAGUUUUUUCUGUUUGUUUGUUUGUUUGUUUGUUUGUUUGUUUGAUUGAUUGUUUGUUUGUUCUUUUGCUUUUUUUGAGAGGCAGAGGACUGUUCGGCGUUGUCCUCGGGCCAUCUUUCUACCUGUCUAGAAGUGCUGUGGUACGUGUUUUCAUGUCGGUAAUGUCGUGCCUAGUGUGGAUUGCAUGCUUUAGCCCUUGACUGGACACUUUGCAAAAAUGUUGCUCAUUAACUUCUCAUGACCUGGUUGUGUAGUUGACGAGCAUCAGCAAUCCUUGUAAAGACCUCAAGGGAACCAAAUAUCUCAACACAAAUCUAACAUAACUGUUACAAGCUCUGUACUAAACAAAUAUAAAAAAUAAAGGCCUUUUAAAUA